AUGAUGCCAGGUGGGUGCCGAAAGAGGAAAAGAGGGGAAAGGGUUUUCAAAUUCAAGGUGUUUGGGGAGAGGGGUUAUCCCACCGACUUCAAUGGGUCCUUUCACGAUAACCUUACGACACUAUUGGAAUACGGGCAACAGGUUGAGGUGUGUGGGCCCAUGCCCAGCUGGUCGUUCCACCUCGAAGUCCGCCGCCAACCUUUGUUGCAUCUGUUUUUGGUUGUUGUCCAAGAAGACGUGUCGCUCGACCUUCGUUGCAACCAUUGCCACUACAUAGGCUGGGGGGAUCACAUGAUGUGCAAUAAGAAGUACCAUUUCGUGUUGCCGGCAAAGUCUUGUGGUUCAGCUGCUGAUUAUUUCAAGUCUAGUGUGGUUCAGUUGCAGGCCCACACCCACACUCUUCACGGCGUCUUUCACUCUAAUGGUUUUGGCCAUUUACUCUGUAUUAACGGUUCAUCUGAAACCGGUUCUGACUUGCCCGGCUACCAAAUCAUGGAUUUUUGGGAUCGUUUGUGCUCCGCCUUGGGAGCAAGGAAAGUGAGCUUGAAAGACGAGGCAAAAAGGAAAGGCAUGGACCUUAGGUUGCUCCACACUGUCGCCUAUGGCAAACCGUGGUUUGGAGACUGGGACUAUGUGUUUGGCCGGGGAACCUUUGGAAUCAAUCAAGAGACAUACCAAAGUGCAGUAAAGGCCAUCCAAAACAUUCCCGUUAGCCCGAUUGCCACCCAUCAACUAAUAUUCUCGAAUACUGAGGUCCAAACAAUAUUGUAUAGGUACCAAAUCCUUUCCGGACACUCUUUGGUCACGCUAGGUGACCUAUUCCAUUUCAUGCUCCAACUGAAAUUCCGAAUUCCAAAAGAAAACAUUAAUAAUGCGAUAUUCGACUCCCACUACCCGCGGAUCAUGUCAGACACGUCCUGUAGGUGGUCUCCCAAGCGGGUCGAGAUGACCAUCCAUGUGGUAGUUGAGGCCCUUAAACGGGCUGAGUUUCAAUGGGUUUCUAGGCAGCACGUGAGAGAUGUUGCGCGAACGUGGUCUCCCAAGCGUGUCGAGAUGGCCAUCCAUGUGGUAGUUGAGGCCCUUAAACGGGCUGAGUUUCAAUGGGUUUCUAGGCAGAACGUGAGAGAUGUUGCGCGAACGUAUAUUGGCGACACAGGCCUGCUUGAUUUUGUGCUCAAGUCAUUGGGCAAUCACAUGGUGGGGAAAUACUUUGUGAGAAGAUGUCUUAAUCCAGUCACCAAGGUGUUGGAAUAUUGCUUGGAGGACGUCUCGAGGGCGGCUAACAUCGAUUUCGAGGGUAAACAACAAAUUAAGGUAUCUUGGGGUCAGCUCACCACAGACAUUUUCUGUGCGUAUAAAAAUAUUUUAAACGCGCGGCCUAAUGAAAAUACGAUGAUGCACGGUUAUGUCGACGGUGUUUUGGCUAAAAAUGCUUCAAGAGUCAUUCUUGAUUCCAAGUAUCUCAUGAAAGAAUACCGUGGGGAUUUGGAAACGUAUGACGAGACCAGCAUGUGGAGGAUAUACUGCGCUGUUAAUGUCUUUAUAACUAGUGGUAAUGAAAAACCAAAGGAAAAAGGGGUCAUGACCAAUAAUAUUAUUAGUACGCCAUACCAUUGCUUCAACUUGAGGAGCAACACAAGGUUUGAGGAGCUAAGGUGUCGAGUUGAGAAGAUAUUUAGAGAAACAUACGUGGGGUUAAGGGAGUUUAUGGCCGGAAACCCCAUAGUUAACAAAAGGUCGGAUUUUGUUUUUAAGAGUGUUAAACCAGGAAGCAAAAUGGUGUUUGAGUGGCAGCUGCAACAAGGAUUGGCUGGUGGAGGCCUAAGUAUGGUUGUGGAUUGCCUGUGUGGUGCCAAAGAUGACGAUGGGGAGAGGAUGGUGACAUGUGAUAUAUGUCAAGUUUGGCAGCACACGCGGUGCGUGAAAAUCCCAGAGAAUGAUGAGAUUCCAAGUAUAUAUAUUUGCAGUGCUUGCGAGCAAGAUAUCAUGCAUUUUCCAUCUUUUCCGUAG